AUGGACGUGAGUCGGCUGCUUAUUUCGGAACCAGCGCCGGACUCGCCCACGACACGGCCGAACAAGGUGCCGCGUAUGGAGAACAAUGGAGGACCCUUUUCGCCAGCCACCACCGGAUUCGGAGGUGAGCAGAUUGAAAGGAAACCGAAUCACUUUGGCGACAUCUUGGCGCCUCGAGAAAUCACCACGGUGCUCCCGGCGGGCUUCACCGGACUCGAGCGCAUCGUCCUCUCGGCCAACGGCAACCUGCAACGCCUCAUGAGCGCGUACUACAACAGCCCGGUGUCGGUUGAGAUCAUCAAGAACGAUCGAGUGGGCCAAACCAGCAUCUUCGAGCGUGAGGUCAACCUCACCUGCUUCGGCAAGGCGUUCUGCAAUGCCAAGAGCACCGUGACGAUCAAGAAGGAAGAGCACCUGCGACUGGUGCUCGAGGAAAAGGUCGGCAUCGGCCAGCUCUUCUUCCACUUGCGACUCCUCCCCAGCUUCGUCCUGCUCCAGGCUGGACGUUCUGGUGGGGUGUCGCUGUGGCGCGAGUACCGCUUGGAGGCCGACAGCAUCGUGUGCGAGAUACGCGAGGAGUUCGUGGCCGACCUCUUCGACCUUCGACCCGAGUACGCCGAGUGA